GCCAAUAUAAAUUGUUGUAGCAGCAGGUUGGAAUUUUGAUUCUGAAGAUUCUGAGGUGACUGAAGUUUCCUUGCUGUGCUGCAUCUUGUCAUCAGUCAUUUGAUCCUUCAUUUCAAGAGUUUUAGUGACCAUAUGCUGAUCCUGCAAAACCUCUGAAACAAUGGCAGACAAUGGCUCUAAGGUGUUCAAUGAUCCCAUUCAUGGCAAUAUUGAGCUGCACCCAAUCCUUGUCAAAAUCAUCGACACUCCUCAGUUUCAGCGACUUCGAAACCUCAAGCAGCUUGGCGGAACAUAUUAUGUUUAUCCUGGAGCGUCCCACAACCGCUUUGAGCACAGCAUUGGGGUGGCGCACUUGGCUGGAGAACUUCUUCAGACUCUCAAAGAGAAGCAGCCAGGUCUAGGAAUUGAUAAGAGAGACAUCCUUUGUGUGCAGAUUGCUGGGCUUUGCCAUGACCUGGGACAUGGACCGUUUUCCCACAUGUUUGAUCAAAUGUUUAUCCCCAAAGCACGUCCUAAUCAUAAGUGGAGCCAUGAGAAAGCAUCUCAAGACAUGUUUGACCAUCUGGUGGAAAAAAAUCACUUGAUAGGAGACAUGAAGAAGCACGGCCUGGUGCCGAAAGAGGACCGGCUCUUUAUAAAGGAGCUGAUUGAUCCUCCAAAGGUUGAAAAGAUUGCUAAGUGGCCACACCAUGGCCGUCCUAAAGAGAAGGCCUUCCUCUACGAAGUUGUGUCCAACACUAGGAACAAGAUUGAUGUGGAUAAGUGGGAAUAUUUUGCUAGGGACUGCCAUCAAUUGGGUAUGCAGAACAACUUUGACUGCCAUCGCUUGAUUAAAUUUGCCAGAGUGUGUAAAGUGGGUGGGAUGAUGCAGAUCUGUUACAGAGACAAGGAGGUGUUCAAUCUGUACAACAUGUUCUACACAAGGUUCUCUUUGCACAAAAGAGCCUACCAGCACAAAGUGUCCAACAGCAUAGAGUGGAUGAUCGGAGAUGCUUUUCUGGAAGCAGAUAAACACAUCCAGAUUGAAGGCAAGGAUGGGAAAAUGUUCACUCUCUCCACAGCUAUUGAUGACAUGGUGGCAUAUACUAAACUGACAGAUGCUAUAUUUGAUCAUAUAUUGACCUCCUCCUGUGUGGAGCUUCAGGAGGCACGGAAAAUACUGGAAAGGAUAAUGCAAAGAAAGCUCUACGAGUGUCUGGGGGAAUUUUCAUCAGAAGAGAGUGAGGACGAUAUGAAGAAUUUGUGGAACGCGCAUGUCGGCGAGCGAAACCCAGACGAUUAUGUAGUGGAAUUUUCAUCAGAAGAGAGUGAGGACGAUAUGAAGAAUUUGUGGAACGCGCAUGUCGGCGAGCGAAACCCAGACGAUUAUGUAGUGGAAUUAGUCAAGUAUAACUAUGGAAUGGGGAAAGAAGACCCCAUAAAACAUGUGAGGUUCUACAAGAAGAAAACCCCACAUGUAGCCACGCCUAUCGACAAAGCUGAGGUAUCUCUACUUCUUCCAGAGCGGUUUGAAGAGAAGAAGUUUAGAAUUUACACUAAGAGAACAAAUGAUGAAGAUGUGGAGGCUGACAGAAGGAUCUUUGGCACAUUUGGCCCCGCACACCCAGUUCAAGCCGGAGGAAGUAACCAUGGCACCGGUUCUGAAGCCUCUGAUCCCAGGUUGGAAUAACCACAGAACAUGAAAGAAAUAAAUGUUAUUCUUGUCAAUAAGUAUAACCAGGCAUAAAUUUAAAUGGAUUUGUAAAAGUGCAAACUGUUUUUGCAUUUAAAGAGGCUUGAAAGUUAAUCUUAUAUGGGCUUUUUUUUCUUAAAGGUGAAGGUUUUGAUUAACAGAUAAUAUUUACAUAUCAAGAAAUACAAUAAAAAAGAUCAAUUUGAAACUUUAUUCAAAUAUUUGAUUUGUCAUUUGUGAUUAUUUUGUUCUUUUUUGGUGUUUGGUAUAUGGGUAUUUGAUUUAUUAGUUUUAUUCAUACUUACUCAAUUAGUUUUGGUAAAUUACGUUUGUUGUCAUCACCUUCCAGGUCUGUUGACAUUACAAAUAUGUCUUUGGGUAUCAUUUAAAUAAAAUAUUAUUCUUGACUAAAUGUGCAGUAAUGCCAUUCAAUCUGGACUUGAAUGUGUAAAAUUUUCUCAGGAGUUGUGAGAAUGUAAUCAUUUUGACAAACUUGUUUUGAAAUAAAUUGUGAGAUGUCA